AUGCAGGAAACCCUAGCAACAUCGACACUGUCGGCACCCAGCCGAUCCUCAAUCUCCACGCAGGAAAGGUUCUCCACUGCAGGCCAAACUUUGAGCACAGGCCCCCAGCCCUCAAGGCCCUCAAUCAUCCCACCCCCCAGCAAGUCCAAGGGCUGGAAUUCUGGGACCAAAGUACGUCGGAUGCGCAGGAUCAUAGCUGAGGAUCCCGAGUGGUCACUGGCCAUCGUGCCCCUCCUCACAGAGCUCUGCAUUCAGCACAUCGUCAAGAACUUCCAGAACAACCCUAUCCUGAAGCAGCUGCUUCCAGAGCACCAGCAGAAGGUGCUGAGCCACUUGUCACCCGAGCUGCCGCUGGCUGUGACCGCCAACCUGAUCGACGACGAGAGCUACUGGCGCCGCUGCUGCAUGCAGCGCUGGCCCGUGUGCCACGUGGCCAGGCAUGGCGGCAGCUGGAAGCGCCUGUUCUUCGAGCAGCACCUGGAAAACCUGAUAAAGCACUUCAUCCCAGGCACCACGGACCCCGCCGUGCUCCUCGACCUGCUGCCGCUCUGCCGGAGCUACGUGCGCAGGCUGUGCGUGGAUCAGCUCCUCCCGCCCGUGCAGCCGCCCGCCCCACCCCGCAGCGGGGAGCUGUCCGACUCGGGCAGUGAGGGGGAGACGGAGGAGCCCGCCACUGACCACUACCAACUGCGCGACCUGGUGGCCGGCCUGAGCCACCUGGAGGAGCUAGACCUGGUGUACGGGGUCAAGGACUGCGGCAUGAAUUUCGAGGGGAACCUCUUCCUCUUCACCUAUCGGGACUGCCACUCCCUGGCGGCCACCAUCAAAGCAUGCCACACCCUCAAGAUCUUCAGGCUGACCCGAAGCAAGGUGGACGAUGACAAGGCACGCAUCCUAAUUCGCAGCCUCCUGGAUCACCCAGCCCUUGAGGAGCUGGACCUGUCACACAACCUCAUUGCGGACCGGGGCGCACGUGCCGCAGCCAAGCUGCUGAGCCACAGCCACUUGCGUGUGCUCAACCUGGCCAACAACCAGGUGCGGGCACCUGGUGCCCAGUCUCUGGCUCACGCCCUAGCACACAACACCAACCUCAUUUCCCUCAACCUGCGCCUCAACUGCAUUGAGGAUGAAGGCGGCCAGGCACUUGCCCACGCCUUGCAGACCAACAAGUGCCUCACAACACUGCACCUCGGUGGCAACGAGCUGUCUGAGCCCACCGCCACGCUCCUCUCCCAGGUGCUCUCCGUCAACACCACGCUCACCAGCAUCAACCUGUCCUGCAACCACAUCGGGCUGGACGGCGGGAAGCAGCUCCUGGAAGGCAUGUCGGACAACAAGACCCUCCUGGAGUUUGACUUGCGCCUGUCAGAUGUGGCCCAGGAGAGCGAGUACCUCAUUGGCCAGGCCCUCUGUGCCAACCGGGAAGCUGCCCGCCAGCGGACCUUGAAUCCCGGCCACUUCAUGUCACCAAUCGUCGCCAAGGGCCCUGAGAACCCUGCACGAUAA